CUCUCCAGAGGGCCCGGGGGGACAGAAACGGCUCUAAGUAUAGCUGAUGCACAGUGAAGCAGGUUCAGGAUUUAAUAUGAAGCCCAGGAACAGAUAGUGCCAACACCAAGCGGUACUUGGUACACAUCUCUGGAAAAGCAGUGUCCGUGUUAUGUACACCUCCAAAAAAGUUCAGAUCUGUAGGGGAAUUGUUAUGUAAAGUAAACUGAACUGCAGGGUAGCAGUGUUUUAAUAGCUAUUGUAGGCGUGUCUUUACUGUAUUAAAAUGAGUAAAAGAACAAGCAGUGACACACCACUAGGAAGGGUUAGUGUGGCAGCGUUUCCUUCUCCCACUGCUGCUGAGAUGGCAGAAAUCAGUCGAAUUCAGUAUGAAAUGGAAUACACCGAAGGUAUUAGUCAGCGAAUGAGGGUUCCGGAAAAAUUAAAAGUAGCACCACCAAAUGCUGACCUGGAGCAAGGGUUCCAAGAAGGAGUUCCAACUGCUAGUGUGAUAAUGCAAGUUCCAGAGAGGAUUGUUGUAGCAGGAAAUAAUGAAGACAUUUCAUUUUCAAGACCAGCAGACCUUGACCUUAUUCAGUCAACUCCUUUAAAACCUCUGGCACUAAAAACACCACCUCGUGUACUUACACUAAGUGAAAGACCACUAGAUUUUCUGGACUUAGAAAGACCUCCUGCAACCCCUCAAAAUGAUGAACAGAUCCGUGCAGUUGGCAGGCUAAAAAGAGAACGCUCUAUGAGUGAAAAUGCUGUUCGCCAAAAUGGACAGCUGGUCCGAAAUGAUUCUAUGUGGUACAGAUCAGAUUCUGCCCCAAGAAAUAAAAUUUCAAGGUUCCAGACAUCGAUUUCAGCACCGGAGUACACUGUGACACCAUCGCCACCACAGGCUCGGGUCUGUCCUCCCCAUAUGUUACCUGAAGAUGGAGCUAAUCUUUCCUCUGCUCGUGGCAUUUUGUCGCUUAUCCAGUCUUCUACCCGUAGGGCUUACCAGCAGAUCUUGGAUGUGCUGGAUGAAAACCGCAGUGUAAGAAGACAAAAUGAAAUACGAUGUGAAAGACCUGUGUUGCGUGGUGGGUCUGCUGCCGCCACUUCUAAUCCUCAUCAUGACAACAUCAGGUACGGCAUUUCAAAUAUAGACCCGACAAUGGAGGGAGUGGCAGAUGACAUGAAUGUUGUUGAUGCAGCUUCAUUAAGACGACAGCACCUCCUCGUGGACAGAGAAGACCGUUACACCAAGCUGAAGAUAAGCAGCUGAGGCUGACCGUGAAGCUCAUGGGAGGGCCAUUGAAAGGGGCAAGAGUCCCAUAUUCUGUCUGAGGGGGUAAGCUCUGUAACACUGUCCUCUCAUGGUCUAAUCAAGGAAGGAAGGAAGGAAAGAAGGGUAGCCUUUCUAGUUUACAAACGUGAAGGAAGGGAAGUGGAAAAGAGCAUUUAAGUGAAUUUACAUUCUCACAAGGAACUUUUUUUUCCAAUUUGUGGUUGUGUUCAUUUUGCUCCAAAUGAAACUUGCCGUGUUAUAAUAAUUCUUUUGAUAAUUUAUUACAUUACCUUUUUUUAGCUUGCUUUAUUUAUUCAUUCAUUCAUUCAUU